AGCGUAAACACCCACACACACAUCCAUACACGCCCAUCUCCUUCUACCCAAACCCCAAUCUCACACCUCUCAUUCUCUCGCGCCACCGAUCCUCUUCUCCUUCCCAUUGAUUACUCGCAUUCCUCCCUGUGUAAUCUCCCGCUUGUCUUUUUGCAAGCCUUUGCUGUUGCUGUCCGCCCCUCCGCUCAUCACGUCCCCCUUCCACCCCGCAUCUUUGCAGGACUUCUCCCACGCACCCACAAACACGCAGCGGACGAUAUCGACCUGUGUCGCUUCACAAUCGAUAUUCGUUUCUUUCAUUUCGCUGACCAACCGUGUUUGUGCUGUCCGUUGCGGUAGAAAGCCGUCCUCACUGCCCACUUCCUCUCUCUCACUCAAGAAAGAAAGAAAAAACAAAGCCAGAGCACCAAGUCGGGCAUUGCAUACUGAUGACCGCCGUUGCGGCGCCUGUCACGCACGCCGCCGGUACCUCUCUCCCCAUGGUGGCCCAGACCGCCACCGUUGAUCUGUACAGCCUCGUCCAGCAGGACCCGCUGCACAUCGACCUCUCCCUCCACCCGACCGCCCUGUUCGACCACGACAACCUGCAGUGCUUGACAACGCACCUGCUGCAGUUCGGCGCUGUUGAGAGUCUCGACCUCUCGAACGCGACUGCGGAGACCGAAUUGCUGGAACAGCUGAUUCGCACCGCCGAGGCGGGAGGAGUGGAACGGGUAGCGCACCUCAGCCUGCGCGGCGCACAACUGCACCCGCUGCAACUCGACCACCUGCUGAAGGUACUCAAGACCCGCGCCCCACAGCUGACCUCGCUCGAUGUCAGCGACAACAGCCUUGGUGACGCUGCCGUGGAGGCGCUGGUGAAGUGGGUGCCCGCGUCGUUGCAAUCGCUGCGGGUCUCCUCCAACUCGUUCUCUGCCGCGGCCGUCACGCAGCUCCUUCAGGCGUUGACAGCGGCGAGGCUUCCGUGCCUCACCACACUGGAGCUGAGCGGCAACAAGUUUGACGCCAAGACGUGCCGGGCCCUCAGUGUGCUGCUGACCGCAACGGAGGCCCGCACAUCGCUCAAGACGCUCUGCCUCGCCCACUGCGGCCUGGAGGCGGCGAACGCGUCGUGCGUGGCGGAGGCGCUGCACACGUCCGCCCUGGAGCUGCUGGACGUGUCGGACAACGACUGCCUUUUGUGCUUCGUCUUUCCGGCGGAGCCGUCGAGGCCUGUUGGGUUUCCCGCCUCGCUGCGCGUCCUCUCCGUCGCGGACAACGCGUGCAAGCGCACCGCCGUCGCCGGCGUCGCCCAGGCGCUGCGUGGCUGCCGCGAACGGCUUGAAGGGCUCUUUCUGUCGCACACGCUGAUGGGCGAUGCCGCCUUCGCUGCCUUCGCAUCCGGUGUGGGCAGCCUGCCGGCCCUGCGUGUGAUGGACCUCUCCCACUGCGGACUCACCUACCGCAGCGGAAAGGUGCUCGCGCAGCAGCUGCCGAUGUCGACGCAGCUGGAGGAGCUGCGGCUGGCGGACAACAUGUUGGAGGUGGAGGGCGUGAUGGACUUCGCCAGCGGGCUGGAGCGGAUGUGCCGGCUGACGCACCUCGACCUCGGCUCCUGCUACCUCGGCAACUGCGGCGCCGUCGCCGUCGUGACCAGCAUGCUGCGCAGCUGCGCCCCGCUGGAGUGCCUCGACCUCUCCGACAACGGCAUCAAUGACGCUGGCUUCCGCGAUGUGUGCAACCUCCUCUCGCGGCUGACCUGCCCGAAGCUGCGCCGCUUCGUCGUGUCGAAGAACGCGUGCACCACGUGCACGCAGCGCAGUCUGGUGGAGAUGAUGCACGGCCGCCAGUCCACGUGCCACGUCGUGGCGGACGAGACACCGCUGGAGGAGGUGGCGAGCAGCAGCAGCUGCUGUGGCAGCAAUCCUUCAUCGACCUUGGCCAGCAUGACGAACUCCAUCUUGGAGUGA